AUGAGUAGUCUGUGUUUGCAACGUUUGCAAGAGGAGAGAAAAAAGUGGCGGAAAGACCAUCCGUUUGGAUUCUUUGCAAAACCGGGCAAGAAACCCGACGGGACGAUGAACUUACAAAGAUGGGAAGCUGGCAUCCCGGGCAAAGAAGGCACCCUAUGGAAAGAUGGUGUCUUCCCAGUCAGUAUUGAAUAUCCAGACGAUUAUCCAUCCAAACCACCAAAGGUGAAGUUCCCUGCAGGCUUUUACCAUCCCAACAUAUAUCCAAGCGGUACAGUUUGCUUGAGUAUCUUGAAUGAAGAUCAGGACUGGAGACCAGCCAUCACACUUAAGCAAAUCGCCCUUGGUAUCCAGGACCUGCUAGACAGCCCUAACCCAGAUUCGCCUGCUCAGGAACCAGCUUGGAGGGCCUUCUCCAAGAACAAAAAGGAGUACGAAAGGAAUGUGAUAGAGCAGGCUAAAAAGUAUACCAAGUAA